AUGAUUCCAUCACUCUUCAUCAUUCUCGAUAAUUUUCCUCUCAAUGCAAAUGGGAAAAUUGAUCGAAAACGUCUUCCAUCACCGAGCUUUUCGACUUCAAGUUCUGAUGAUAACAUUAAUUCACCUCUUACCAGACUUGAACAACAAUUACAAGAUAUUUUUAGCCAAGUCUUUCGCGUUGAAUCUGCUUCUGUCGAAGCUUCGUUUAAUCAACUGGGUGGAACAUCUUUAGACAUGAUACAUGCCCUUACAUUGAUACGUCGAGAGAUAUGUAAAGAGGCUGACAUUCGUCUGCUACUUACUAAUCCAUCUAUUCGACAAUUAGCACAAGCUAUUGAGCCUUUAUUAAUUUUGGAGACACCACAAGAUGCAGUGUUCACAACCAACCAAUCUCAUGAAACACAUCUUCGUUGUUCACCUUCGUUUGUUCUAGAAUCUGUUGGUAUUGUAUUUCUUGUUAGUCAAUGGUUAUGGCCAAUUAUAAUAAUUCAUCGAUGGUGUCCAUUCUUUUUUCCUGUCUUACCAGCUUUUCAUCUUUUAUUCUAUGUCAUCUGCUCACGUCUAUUCGCACCAGGCUACAUCAAAACAGAUAAUCUAUUCUCUUGGAAUUAUUAUCGAUGGUGGUUUUUAGAUCGACUUUGGAAUAAUAAUACAUUUUGGUUGCAGCAUAUACUUGGCACACCACUCUACAAUUAUUAUCUUCGUCUUUGUGGUGCGCGCAUUAGUCUCAACGCACAUAUUUAUACCACAACUAUUGAUGCUCCAUGGUUGUUAGAAAUUGAUGAUGAAACUUGGAUUGCUAAUGAAACGUGUCUGAACUGUUUAUAUUUUAAUGAUGAUAACACUUUCAAACUGAGUCCAAUUAGAAUUGGAUCUAAUUGUUCAAUAGGAACGCGAUCGAUUCUAUUUGAUGGAGUUGAUAUGCAAAAUAAUAUUAUUAUUCAACCAAUGUCAUUAGUCACUGGCUUCAUCGCAUCUGAAACGAUUGUCGAUGGUGAAGAACACAAAUCGCGUCCGUCAGACAUCUCCGGUGUGUAG